AUGUCUACAGAUACCAUUCGCUCCACAAAGUUGAAGUUCAAAGGCGACAAAACCAAGAAGAAACGCAAAAGAGAUGUUGAUGAUGAAGGUCGAGCCAGCAGCAGUCGGCACAAGGACGACGACGAUCCUGAUACUUGGGUAUUCCCUGAAAAUGACAUCGAAAUUCGUGGUCCUGCAUUCCUGAUUCACCCCUCCGACCCUUCUCCAAUAUCUAUAAAUUUCAACUCUACCUCCAACCGCGUCGUCUUGCACGUCCUAGACAAGGAGAAAUCCGAAGAUGAUAAUGAGCUGGUCCCCAGUCUUCUCGAGCGCACGCCGACGGAUGUUUCCCAGGUAUGGGUCAUCACUCGCGUUGCAGGCUCGCCGACCAUCAAUCUGCGAACAGGUACGGGCGAAGGCAAAUUCCUUUCUUGCGACAUGCACGGUAUCGUCACCUCGGACCGAGAUGCGCGGGGCCCGCAGGAGGAAUGGACGCCAGUGCUCAUGCCAGACGGGAUGGUAGCAUUCAUGAAUGUCUAUGAGAAGUACUUGGGUAUCGACGAGGUCGCUGGAGGUGCACUGCAGCUGCGUGGAGACAGUGAAGACGUCGGAUUCAAAGAAAGGUUUUGGCUCAAAAUUCAGAACAAGUACAAGAAGGAAGCAAACGAGGAAGAGAAAAAGAAGACAGAGGGUGUCGCGGGCCCUCCAACAAUUGAUGAGCCUGGUUCCAAUCGGAUGUUCCAGGCUUGGGGUGCCGGACGGAGUGUCGUAUCCAAGGAAGACAGGAAAGAGCUGAAGCGUGCUCGCAAGGAAGGACGUUUAGCAGAAGCUAUGUUAGAUCGUCGAGCUAAGCUGAAGAGUGACAGGUUUUGUUGA